AAAGCUGUUUUUUUGAGGUCUCACACUCUCAGUCCCACUCUCCCUCUCCCUCUCCAGUCUUUUUCCUCUUUUGCUCACAGCUCCACAUUCACAGUCACAUGCACUUCUGCUCCCUUUUUUUUUCCUUUCAAAUUAUUUGAAAAACAAGAGAAAUAAUUUAAAGCGAGAGAGAAAGAGAAAGUAGAGCUAAAAAACAAGAAAUAGAAACCCACUUUUCACCUGCCCAGUUAAUGUUGUGUAUCUUGAUAUUUAUAUCUCCUGACUGACAUUCCACAGAUUUUUGCAAGAGCUAUAUUAUUGUUUUUUGUUUGUUUUAUUAAUCCCCGUGUUUCUCAGCAAAUCUUAAAUCUUGAACCCAAUUCCAUCUGUUUUGUUUCACAUUCAUCACUCUGGCUUUUGUUUCCAUCUCCGGUCAAAGAUGUACAAUUAUAUGCAGAUAAAUACUUAUUGAUGAGAUAGCUAGUGUCUGAUUGCCAUAUAUUGCGAUGGAAAAGAGGAAAUGGUUGUGGAAGCGGAAGUCUUCUGAGAGGAGUCCUGGUGAAACAGACAGUUCGGGGUCAAUAUCUUCACAUUCUGAGAGAUUCUCUGAUGAUCAGCAGGACCCCUCAAAGGCAUCUCCUACUGAUAGUGCUCAAUCACCCGAAGUCACAUCAAAAACUAUAACUACGGAUGAAGAUGUCAAUGAUAGGAUUAAGAGUUUGACAGACAAGUUAUCAGCUGCUCUUGUGAAUGUUAGUGCCAAAGAUGACUUGGUAAAGCAGCAUGUAAAAGUCGCUGAAGAAGCUGUUGCAGGCUGGGAAAAGGCUGAGAAUGAAGUAACAGCUCUCAAGAAACAACUUGAAGUUGCAAUUCAGCAGAAAGCUGGAUUGGAAGAUCGGGUGAGCCAUCUUGAUGGGGCCCUCAAGGAAUGUGUUAGGCAGCUGAGGCAAGCAAGAGAAGAGCUGGAAGAAAAGAUCCAUGAAGCUGUGGUACAGAAAAGUCUCGAGUGGGAAUCCAUUAAAUCUGAACUUGAGAACCAGUUUAUUGAGCUCAAGUCAAAAGAAGCUGCUGCCAAGUCUGAAUCCCCUGCUCCGAUUGUUGAUGAACUGUGCCAGAAACUUGAAUAUUUGGAGCAAGAGAAUGCUACCCUGAAACUCGAGCUCCUUUCCCAGUCUGAAGAGUUAGAAAUCAGAACAAUUGAAAGGGACUUGAGCACUCAAGCAGCUGAAGCAGCCAGCAAACAACAUUUGGAGAGCAUAAAGAAGGUGGCCAAGCUUGAAGCUGAGUGCCGGAGGCUAAAAGCAGCAGCAUGUAAACCAUCCUCUGUUAAUGAUCACAAGACUUCUGCUGCGUCCUCAAUUUAUGUUGAGUCUCUCCCUGACAGUCAAUCAGACAGCGGGGAGAAGCUUAAUGCUGUGGAGCUGGAUGCUCGUAAAGUUAGUUGCUCGGAGCCAUACAAGUCUGAACAAAGUUGCUUAGACUCGUGGGCAUCUACAUUAAUUUCAGAGCUUAAUCAAUUCAAGAAUGAAAAAUCUAUCAAUAGAAAUCUCCCAGCCUCUUCUGUCGAAAUUGAUCUCAUGGAUGAUUUUCUUGAAAUGGAACAACUUGCUGCUUUGUCCGAGAAUGAAACUGGAACUGAUAAUUCUAAAGCGGAAGCUGUUAUCAAACAAUCAGUUGAUGCUGAAAGCUCAUUGAGAGCUGAGCUUGAAGUCAUGGCAAAACGAACUGCUGAAUUGGAAGAGAAGUUACAGAAGGUGGAAGGAGAAAAGUUUGAAUUGGAAGAGAAGUUACAGAAGGUGGAAGGAGAAAAGUUUGAAUUGGAAGAGAAGUUAGAGAGGAUUAAAGCAGAGAUGGAUGAGUUGGAGAUGGCUCUAAAUGAAAGUCAGGACAGGAAUGAAGCAUCACAACUUCAGCUGAGCGAGGCCCAGCAGAAGUUGGUGGAGUUGCAAGAGGAGCUAUUGUUGACAAAUGAAUCAAAGCAGCAAAUUGAAUUUCAACUCGUUAGCAUGGAAGCAGAGGCUCGGACCAUGUCUGCAAAAGUUAACUCAAUACAAGGAGAGAUUGAAAAAGAGAGGGUUCUGUCAGCAGAAAUCGCACUCAAGUAUCACGAACUCGAGGAGGAGCUCUCAAGAAAGAAACAGGAAGAAGAGCUCCAGCAAAAUGUAAGCUCAAGUGGUGAACCAAAGAUAAAGCAGCAGGAGGACUUUGAUGUAGCUGCUAAUAAACUUGCUGAAUGCCAGAAAACAAUAGCGUCUCUAGGGAAUCAGCUGAAAUCUCUGGCAACUCUAAAGGACUUCUUGAUUGACACUGCAAGCAUACCAGAGUUCUCUGCUGGAGGAUCAGCAAUUCCUAAAGGUAAUGGAGAACCAUGGAAGUUACAUUCCAAUGAAACAUUUUCACCUAAGAGAGAUUCCGGUUCUUUGAGAAUUGACAAUGAGAAUUCUGGCCCUGCAGUAAAAAUAAACGAAGGAGACUCACCCCCAUCUGUAUCAUCGUCAGCUUCAUCUGCUGUGUCAUCAAAUCACGUCAGUUCUGAGAAGAACCGAAAUGGUUUUGCCAAAUUUUUCUCUCGAAGUAAGAAUGGGAUACAGCUAGAAAUUUAGCUACGGUUCAAGUAGUCGGAAAUUAUAAAAACAAAAAGGUAGAUUGAUGAUUUGUUAUUUGUAAAAUGGGGAAUUGGUUGAAUGCUGAUUAAAAGCUGUUUAAUCAGCAGUACUAAAUUAGAUGGAUUUCAUUACACAUGAAUGAUGUUCUCAGAAUAUUAAAUCCAAGCAAAGUUUUAAAUUUA